AUGCUCCAGGGGGUGCUGUCCCGCGCGCCCGCCACCGACGCGGCGGCAGCGGCAGCGAUGAAGGCCAAGCGGGCGGCCGCGUCCCCCGGCGAAGAGGAGGAAGGGGACGGCCGUUCUGCGCGCGGGAAGCGGCAACAGCUGCUUGCGCUUGGCCCCGCCACCGCUUUGGCUUCGGCGGCGGCGGCGGAGGAAGGGCCGGAGACGCGAGGCCUGCGGCUGCUCAGCCUGCUGCUGCGGUGCGCGGAGGCGGUGGCCAUGGACCAGCUGACGGAGGCGCGGGAGCUGCUCCCCGAGAUCGCGGAGCUGGCGUCGCCGUUCGGGUCGUCCCCGGAGCGCGUGGCGGCCUACUUCGGGGACGCGCUGUGCGCGCGCGUGCUCAGCUCGUACCUGGGCGCCUACUCGCCGCUCGCGCUCCGCCCGCUGGCGGCCGCGCAGAGCCGCCGCGUGGCGGUGGCGUUCCAGGCGUACAACGCGCUGUCGCCGCUCGUCAAGUUCUCGCACUUCACGGCCAACCAGGCCAUCCUGCAGGCGCUCGACGGCGAGGACUGCCUCCACGUGAUCGACCUGGACAUCAUGCAGGGCCUGCAGUGGCCGGGGCUCUUCCACAUCCUCGCCUCCCGCCCGCGCAAGCCGCGCUCGCUCCGGAUCACCGGGCUCGGCGCGUCGCUCGACGUCCUCGAGGCCACCGGCCGCCGCCUCGCCGACUUCGCGGCCUCCCUCGGCCUGCCGUUCGAGUUCCACCCCAUCGAGGGGAAGAUCGGGCACGUCGCCGACGUCGCGGCGCUCUUCGGCUCGCGCCAUCACCAGCAGCAGCGGGAGGACGAGAUCACCGUGGUACACUGGAUGCACCACUGCCUCUACGACGUGACGGGGUCGGACGUGGGCACGGUGCGGCUGCUCCGGAGCCUGCGCCCGAAGCUGAUCACCAUCGUGGAGCAGGACCUGGGCCACAGCGGCGACUUCCUGGGCCGGUUCGUGGAGGCGCUGCACUACUACUCGGCGCUGUUCGACGCGCUGGGAGACGGCGCCGGCGCCGCCGAGGAGGAGUCGGCGGAGCGGCACGCGGUCGAGCGGCAGCUCCUGGGCGCGGAGAUACGGAACAUCGUGGCCGUAGGGGGACCCAAGCGGACCGGGGAGGUGCGCGUGGAGCGGUGGGGCGACGAGCUGCGGCGCGCUGGGUUCCGGCCAGUGUCCCUGCACGGGAGCCCUGCCACGCAGGCCAGGCUGCUCCUCGGCAUGUACCCAUGGAAGGGGUACACACUGGUCGAGGAGGACGCGUGCCUUAAGCUCGGCUGGAAGGACCUCUCCCUGCUCACCGCGUCGGCGUGGGAGCCGGCCGACGACGCUGCCGCCUCUGCGCCCACCACCACCACCAGUUAA